UGUUUCUUCUUACCACUCUGCUUCAGUGUCUUCAAGAAGGAGCAUCAUGAAGUGGCUAUACGUUCUUGUCUUGUGCGGACUGGUGCUUGCCGAAAACCCCGACGAGAAUGAGGGUCUUGAUGACCCAGAUCUGUAUGAAGGAGACAUGAUCCUAACAGAUGAACAGCGCAUGGCGGCAGAGAUGGGACUAGAUGUAGAUAAUCCUCUUGGAAGAGGUUCAACUAAGAACAGACAAUGGCCUGGUGGUGUAAUGGCUUAUGUCAUUGACUCCAGUCUGUCUCGUGAUUCCCGAGCCAUGUCCGCUAUUCGGCAAGGAAUGGAGGAAUGGACGAGUAAAACUUGCAUCAAAUUCAAGCAGAGGACAAACGAGAGAGCUUAUGCAAACUUUAAACUUGGCUCUGGAUGUUCAUCAUACGUGGGAAGAACCGGAAGUCGCCAAGAUAUCAAUCUGGCGCGAGGAUGUUGGCACAGGGGAAUUGUAGCUCAUGAAAUCGGACAUGCCUUGGGUUUCUACCACGAGCAGUCUCGUCCCGACAGGGAUUCAUACGUCACAAUCAUGUGGAAUAACAUCAUUGAGAGGAACAAGUUCAAUUUCAACAAAUACGACAGAGGAACCAUCGACUCUCUUGGGACUAAAUAUGACUACGGCAGUGUAAUGCAUUAUGGGAGCAGAGCUUUCAGCAAGAACGGACAACCUACAAUUGUUGCUAAGCAAUCCGGGGUUACACUUGGUCAACGGAGGGGAAUCAGUGCUAUAGAUGCACAGCAGAUGAACCUCCUGUACAAAUCACAGUGCGAAGGUGGAGGUGGAGGAGGAGGCAACAACUGCAAAGACAAAGACAGCAGAUGCGGAGGAUGGACAGAAUACUGCAGCUAUCACAGAUAUGUGAGAGAAAACUGUAAAAAGACCUGCAGGCUCUGCUGAGUAACGGAAAAGGUCAUCAUCUAAAACAAGAAAGCAAGUAUUGAUGCGUUCCAAAAACACUAGAGUAGAAUAAAAGCAUUAAAACUGCCAA